AUGAAGGCCUCUGCUGUAAUCCUCGCCGUUGCCGGCUUCGUCGCCGCUCAGGACUUCCAGUCCAUCCCCGAAUGUGGACAAAAGUGCGCUAGCGACAUGCUCAACGGCAAGGCUAAGUCCCUCGGCUGCGCGGCCAACGACGUCUCGUGCCUGUGCGACAACAAGGACUUCACUUACGGCAUCCGCGACUGCGCCAACGCUGUCUGCCCUGGCCAGGACGCCCAGGCCGUCAUUGCCUACGGAACCCAGAUCUGCAAGUCUCAGGGUGGCUCUAGCAGCGCUUCCGGCUCCGCCUCUGCUUCCGGCUCUGCUACCCAGACCGGCACCGGCGCUGCUUCGGCCACUUCUGCCUCGGGCUCCGGCUCCGGUUCCGACACGGCCUCCACCACUGCUACCAGCUCUGGCGGCUCCGGCGGCUCCGGUAACGGCGGUGCCGGUGGUGUCAUUGUCAGCACCAUCACCUCUGACGGCCAGACCCAGGUCACCACCAUCACCACCGCCUCCGGCACUUCUGCUUCUGGCUCCGGUGGUAACGGCGGCGCCGGUGGUGUCAUUGUCAGCACCAUCACCUCUGACGACAAGACCCAGGUCACCACCAUCACCACCGCCUCCGGCACUGGCUCCGGCUCUGGCACUUCUGCUUCCGGCUCUGGCGGCAACGGCGGCGCCGGCGGUGCCAUCCUGACCACCAUCACCUCCGACGGCAAGACUCAGGUCUCGACCAUUACUAGCGCUGCCGGUUCCGGCUCGUCUGGCUUGGUCACCUCGACCAGGUCUGGCGAUGACGACAACUCUUCCAACACUUCCGGCGGCUCUGGCUCCGGUUCUGGCUCUUCCGAGACUGGAUCUGCUACCGGUUCCGGUGAUAGCUCGUCCGAGACUGGGUCUGCCACUGGCUCCGGCUCCGACUCGAGCUCUAGCGGCGGUGCCUCUCAGACCAGCUCCUCUGACGGCUCAUCAAGCACUGGCUCCAGCGACGGCGACGAUGGCGGCAACGCUGCUGGUGUCGUCGCCCCCGCUGGCAUGCUCCUCGCCGCCGGCAUCGCCGUCGCUCUCCUGUAA